AAGUAAUGAACCAGAUUAGUAAUUUUAUUCGGAUCCGAGAAUCGUUGGUGCUCUCAAAUUCCAAGCCAUGAAUCGCGGCUCUUCUUCUUCUUCUUACGGAUCCGGCGGGGGAGCUAGUGAUUCGUUUCGGAGAAGAUCCGAUGUAGCACGCAAGCGAAACAAUAAAGGUGGAGAAGCUGCUGCUGCUGCUGCUGCUGCUGCUGAAGUUUCAUUCAUUGUCGGAACUUGCUCUUCUAUGUGUCCUGAACGGGAAAGAGUGACAAGAGAACGCUUGCGUGAUCUCUCAGUGUUUGAGAGGCUUUAUGGAAACCCCACUAAAUCAUCCACUCAUCUUGCUGUCAAAAAGUUUUGCAGAACCCUUUCAGCAGCCGAUGUUCAGGCAUCGGAUAUAAGACCGCUUCCGGUCUUAGAAGAAACCCUGAGUUACCUUCUAAGUUUGCUGGACUCAAGGGAGCACCCCUUUGAAGUUGUUCAUGAUUUUAUUUUCGACAGGACAAGGUCUAUCAGACAAGAUCUCAGCAUCCAGAAUCUAGCCAACGAGAGAGUCAUCCACCUCUACGAGGAAAUCGUUAAAUUCCAUGUCAUAUCUGGCCAGAGGCUUCAGGGUAGUAGUGGUGCAAAUGUUAGCUCAAUGCAUCACUUGAACAUGGAGCAGCUAGCAAAAACUCUCACCACUUUGUAUAAUAUCUAUGAUGUAAAUAGGAAACCAGAUUACAUCUACGAAAACGAAGCAGAGUUCCGUUCACUCUAUGUGCUGCUUCAUCUCAAUACCAGUAGUGGAGUGAUGGGGGAACCACUGUCUUUGUGGUUUCGCAAGUUGACUUCUAAUUUGAUAAAGUCCAAGGAAAUGUGUUUUGUACGAAACCUUCUAAGAUCAUAUCGGAAUGGUAAUUACCAGAGUUUUCUAAGAACAACGGCUACUGAAGCGACAUACUUGCAGUAUUGCAUAAGUGAACCCCAUAUCAGAGAGAUGAGAUCGUUCGCUGUGGAAUGCAUUAACAAUGUUUGCUACAAGCUUCAACCGUAUCCACUCUUGCAGAUAUCUCAGCACCUGAUGAUGAAGGAGAUGGAUGUUGAAUCUUUAUGCCAAGAGUGUGGUCUUGAGAUACGUACUGAUUCCGAUGGGUGUAUUGUGUUGCCAACGAAGCAGACAAACUUCCGCAGUCCAAAGGAAGGUUUUAAAAACUAUGAUUUGAUUGGGAUUGAUAUUGGGAGGUUGUUGUGAAACACACAGAGAAAUAACAAUGUGAGGUUUAUCCUUCGAUUGUGCCCUAAUCCUAAGCCUGUAAUCUUUUUAACCCAAAAAAUGUAUACAUUCAUGCAUAUUCAUUGUCUCAA